AUGGUGCGCAGCGACGUCCGACCUUUUAAAAUCGCAAUUUCGGAGCGGAACUUGGAGACAUUGCACAAGAAACUUGCCCUCGCAACUUUUCCCGAGGAGGUUGAUUUUUCAGAUAUUGACAAAUAUGGCGCAUCUCGAUCCGAGAUCAAGCGACUCGCCGAGUACUGGGAGAAUGGCUUCGAUUGGCGGGCACAAGAGGCAGAGCUGAACAAGUUGCCUCAGUUUACCACAACCGUGACUGUCGAUGGUUUCGGGGACCUCGAUAUUCAUUUCAUACAUCAGCGCGCUAGUCGAGAAGACAGCAUCCCUCUUCUAUUUUCCCAUGGCUGGCCUGGAAGCUUUCUGGAAGUUGUUAAAAUACUGCCGCGUUUGACAAAUCCCAAAGACGGACCAUCUUUUCACGUUGUCGCUCCCUCUUUGCCUAAUUAUGGCUUCUCAGACAAGGUCACUGGCGAAGGGUUUAGUGUGUCUCAGUAUGCUCAGGCGAUACACAAGGUCAUGCUGAAUCUCGGCUACAACAAAUAUGUUACCCAAGGCGGCGACUGGGGAUUUUUUAUCACCCGAUCUGUUGCCGCACAGUUUCCCGAUCACUGCCUAGCGUCGCAUGUCAAUAUGCAAAUGAUCCAUCCUUCGGUCGCAACAGCAGGGUGGUUUGGUCUGUACAAGCUGCUGGGCUGGUUCACAAAACAGGAGACAGAUGGUCUAUCACGGCUAGGUUGGUAUUUGAAAGAAGGAUCAGGCUAUUUCGCAGAACAGAGCACCAAGCCCCUGACGAUGGGUUACUCCCUCGCUGACUCGCCCGUGGGGCUGUUGGCAUGGAUCUACGAAAAACUAAAGGAUUGGACAGACGAAUAUCCGUGGACAGACGAUGAGAUUCUUACCUGGGUCUCCAUUUAUCAGUUUUCCAAGGCUGGCCCGGCAGCGAGCGCUCAGAUUUACUACGAGGCGAGGCAUGCCAAGAAUGCCGAUGCGAAAAAGUCGAUGGCGUACAUACCUGUGCCGCUUGGUAUCUCAUCUUUCCCCCGCGAUAUUUCCCCGAUACCCCUGUCGUUUUGUAAGACACUUGGUCCAGUCGUGUUCCAGAAACGUCACGAGGAAGGUGGCCAUUUUGCUGCAUAUGAAAAACCUGAGCUUCUUGUGCAUGAUGUGCAGACCAUGUUUGGGUGCGGAGGCGGUGCAUAUGAUAUCGCUGAGCGACUAAGAGCCACUGUUAAAAACAAUUCUUAG